CCGUGGGACUCCCCUCUGCCGUCUCCUCCCAAGACCCCACUCUCCUCCUCCACCGCCGCCGCCGCCGCCGCAGCCGCCGUGCGAAUCUAUCUCGAGGGAGGGGGAGAUGGCGGACGCACUGGACAUGUCCCUCGACGACCUCAUCUCCAAGAACAAGUCCUCCUCCCAGCGCGGCCGCGGCCGCCGCAACCAGGCCUCGGGCUCGGGCUCGGGCUCGGGCUCGGGCUCGGCGCCCGGAGGACCCGCACCCGCCGGCCGCCGCUUCCAGGCUCGCGCCGCCACCCGCGCUGCCGCCGCGCCCUACCACCAAUUCAACUUCCAGCACCAGCCGCCGCCGGCUGCUUUAGCAUAUGCUGCCCAGCAGGCCCAUGCCUAUGCCCAUGCCCAGACGAUGGCCUUGGUGGCGCCGCCGUCCGGGGUCGAAACGGGCACCAAGCUAUACAUCUCCAACCUCGACUACAACGUCUCCAACGAGGACAUCAAGGAACUCUUUGCUGAGGUGGGCGAUCUCAAGCGGUACUCCAUUAACUACGACAAGAGUGGAAGGUCAAAGGGUACUGCAGAGGUUAUAUUUUCAAGGAAAUCGGAUGCUCUAGCUGCUCUAAAGAGGUACAACAAUGUGCAGCUUGACGGCAAACCCAUGAAAAUUGAGGUCAUUGGAACAAAUAUUGAGGCGCCACCAGCACCUGCUAUUUUUACUUUGAAUACCCCAACGAUAGGAAACUUCAAUAUUCCUUCCUACAGUGGACGUGGAAGGGGUGGUGAUAGUGGUCGAGGAUGGCCUCGGGGCAGAGGUGGAUUCGGCGGGCGUGGUGCUGUUGGGCGUGGUCGAGGACGAGGUGAUGUUGGUCGUGGGCGAGGGAGGGGAGGGCGUGGCAGCCAGCCAGUUUCUGCCAAUGAUCUAGACGCAGACUUGGACAAGUACCACUCAGAGGCGAUGCAGACCAGCUAAAUGGCUUCGGCCCUGCCGCGCCUGCAUCCCGCACAGCCAUUAGCUUUGUGUAGGACUAGAUGCGGUCAUGUGUUUUAUUACUCCAUCCAUUCCUAAAUAUAAGUCUUUCUAGAGAUUUCACUAAGUGACUACAUACGAAGCAAAAUGAAUGAAUCUACGCUCUUACAUCCAUAUGUAGUCCCCUAGUGUAAUCUUUAAAAAGACUUGUAUUUAGGAACGGAGAGAGUAGAUUGUAAUUUGUGAGACAAAUGAAGCGUCUGUCUUUGUUGUUUGAUGAUCAAGGUGGUGCGUUCCAUUGUAACUCUAGUUUCUGUUCCUCUGACUUGUAGCAGCUGAGACGGUUGGACUAAGAUGACAUUUUUAUAAAGGGUGAUCACAAGUGUUA